AUGAACUGCAAGGUUCUCGGCGCAAGGCUUGCUGCGAAGCUCCUCGCCGGCGAAAUUUCGAAGGUCACAUGCAUAAAAGACCUCCUCCUGGAUUCCGAUUCCCCUCCCAAAACUGAUAAAGAAUCCCCCGAAAACGACACCCGCGAAAAUCAGUCGGGCGAGAAAUGCGGAAGGAGGCAGGAUGAUCGAGGAAACGACAGCAACCAUCGAAGGAUCUCGUUGAUCAAAGCUUAUGGACGAAAGGCUGAGACGAGUUCAAGCUGGCUGGAUCGGUCCCCACAAGACGACGCCCCUAACGAUACGAUCGUCUUCGAAGAGCGGGAAACUAUCGGAAUCGACAAACCUCACUACGACCCAUUGGUUAUCGAUCUGGUAAUCCGAGACCUGGAAGUGGGAAGGAUCCUUAUCGACACGGGAAGCACAGUCAACGUCAUCUUCCGCAAUACCCUCCGGAGGAUGAACAUUAAACUCGGAGAAGUCAUCCUAGAACCAAAACCUCUCACCGGUUUCUCAGGUGCAACGUCAAUGACCCUCAGAUCAAUCAAACUCUCAGUGAUGGCUAAAGAGGUGACAAAAAUCAUUGACUUCGCGGUAGUCGAUAACCCGGCCAUCUACAAUGUCAUCAUGGGAACUCCUUGGAUCAAUGCCAUGAAAGCGGUACCGUCGACUUACCACCUUGGCAUCAAGUUCCCAACUCCAAACGGAACAGCGGUAAUCUGGGGAUGCCAGAAAUAG